GGUUGUUGUCGAAAAGGUAAAAUGCUGUACUCCGAGACUUCCACAGUCCCGCGCUCGACCUCCGAGAGAGAACUACGUAAACCCGCGACCUACUUUAUCCGAACAAAUACUCGUGAAUCAUUUACUCAUGACUAACAACUUAUAGUGACGACGUAAGUUAUGAUCAUGAUGCGGUCAAACGCCGGGAAUAAAAUGGCAAAACCGCCUCCACCUGUACCCCCGAGGCCUAGUAAACACACGGUUGCCGAAGCACUUAAGAAUAAAAAAGUUAACGUCGCGAUUCAACAAGAAAUUGGUUCGAAACCACCCUCAGUACCUGUUAGGGUUGCACCUCCGCCUCCGGUUUCAUCGAAAGUGCAACAAAUCAAAGAGAACUUUGCCGCGAAUCCAAUCGCGAAGUCUCAAUCUUAUUGUUCAGUGAGCAUUAACUUGAAUCUUUCGAAACCUACUUUGGAACGGUCGAUAUCCCACGAACAGAAGAAAACAAGAACUGUUAUUUACGAGUCGAACCCUCAAAAGAAACCACCAAACGUAACCAGGAAAGAAAGUUUGAAAGAAAAAGACAAAAAUUGGAACGAAGUUUUGAAUGACAGAAAUCACGUGAAUACUCUCAUAGAUGAGAUGUUCGCUGAAGUUCUUAACAAUCGUGAUAACGAGGAUAUCGAAGUGUCUUUGGAUAAAACUAUGAUUAAAGUGCACGAUGAAGUUGCUCAUCAAGAUGAAGUCGAAGUGCUUCUUCCACAAGCCACGACAGUUUUGGUUAUCGAAGAUUCAUCGGAAACUGAAACUAAAGAUGAUUCGAGUAGUAGCAAAGAUAGUAAUUCAUCAACAACAGAUCGGAAGUCGCUCCAUGUAAAGUUUGAUGAUAAACUUAAUCAUGAAUUAUUAAUAAACGAGUUACAAAACAUGAAAAUUGAACAAGAACGUAUCAUGAAACGCCAAAGAAAACCAUCAAAAGAUCUUUAUGAUGACCAAAAACUCACCGAUCUCAACGAACAAAAUUUGCAAGAUUCAAAAAUACAUCAUUCCGAUUGGAUAGAGUUGAGUAACGGGCAGGAAGUGCGUCUAUCCAGUUGUCAAAUUACCAUCGAGGAAGCUGCCGAAAAGAACGACACUGACAUCAAUCUGGACCCUUUAAUUUCCAGGCUGGCUGCAAUGUCGAAUCUUCAUGGAUUACCACCGCUACCGAAGAGCCUUUCCAGCUUCAGUUUCAUGGAAGGACAACAAACACCGAACCGGAGCCGGAACACAACGCCUCCGGGUGCAGGUGUCCAACAACAGCACAUGGUUUACCCACCACAUCCGAAGCAACAGCAGACCACCGGAAACGUCGUCGCUGGGAAUCAACAGCAAUCGAGUUUGGAUGCUCAAUUAGCCAUACUACGAAGGGAAAUGUAUAGUUUGAGACAAUUGGAUUUAUCUUUACUAUCUCAAUUGUGGUCGUUGAACGAAUCGAUUCAAGAUUUUCGACAAAUGCUUCAAGAUCAUGAAGAUCGUGUUCUUUCGCCCCCAUCGCCAUCACCUACACCAUCUUCAGGCGAUGAUGCCGAUCCGGAUGAAUUUUACACACCAUCACCACUCCGGUUUAAACCUGCACCACCUCCACCGGCAUUAAGAAGAACUAGUAAUAGUUCUUCAGAAAAUUCAAGCGUGUAAAUGGGUUUAUAGAGGUGAUAGAUCUGACCUAAUUUCCAAGACAGACAGUUCCGUGAUAGCGUAUUCAGUAUUGUGCUCGCGAUGGUAAAGACAUUCCUCGGAAAGAAACGAAAGAAAGACACGUAGAUACAAAAGUCGCGAGUGAUGUGAAUUUUUAGUGACCGAAACCCCGAAAUAAAAAUAAUAAAAACUGUGUUUUUGAUCGUGAUCGUGCUUUUAAAUGUGUGUUUAUCAUUAAAACCAAAAACGUUCUUUAUUUUGUUCUUUGUAGACGCAUUUUUCCGAGCGAUGUAUAUUUAUAGUAGUCUAUGUAGUAUUGUUUGUGAUACUCCGAUUUUUAUUUUCUAUUUUAUCAAUUUAAUAAUUAACAAUACCUUUAAUAAUAACGCAUAAAUUAAAUAAAAAACUUUUCCUAUUUCUGGAAGUAUGAAUUACCAUGAUUAUGUAGUUACUAUUCUAUUUUAGCUACUAUUUAAUAAGGACUAAUUGGGACUGAAAAAAAAUGUAAAUAUAUCUAUAAAUAAAGAGUGUUUUUGAACAAAAAUA